AUGUCUGUCGUCCUCUCCCUCUUCCAUGCUGCUCAAGCAUGUGCCAGCGUCGGUACCGGCCUCCUCUCCGCCAUGGCCAUCUACAAUCUCAAACAACGUGAAGGUCAAGCUGAGACUGCGGCGCAAUGGUCCAAUAUGGCUGCACAUCAACUCCACAAGACCAGGACAACUCAAACCAUUGGAGCUCUCGCUACGGUUUCCUCUUUGGUCUCAUCUGUGAUCCUCGCCAUCGGUCCGUCAUCCGAUCGGAGCAAGUGGCCAUUCAUGCUCAGCCUGACGAAUGCGAUUGGUAUCGCUCUGACAUACAAACACCUUCGUAAUUUCUGGCGCAACAAGGCCAAAGCGCUUUAUCUGUCGGACUACAAUGAAGGCAUCACAGCUUCGAAUCAGAUGCGACAGGUACUCGGGGUGUUGGCCGUCAGCUGGGCAGUUGUGACGGUGAUGUACCUUUGGCAAUUGACUCUGAACUGA